UACGCACACCCGCGCGUGAUGUGUAUGGGCGGGGAGGUGGGUUCACUGCUGAUCCAUUUGGGCCAGCGCGGUCAAAUUAUCCAUGCUGCAAAUGGAGACAAGCAGUUAUAUGUGAUCUUGUCUGAAGACCAACAUAAAGCAUCAAUCAUCUGUUGAGUGUGCCGGCCAGCGGCCCCCCGCCCGCUCGGCCGCGCGCCCGACCGGAGGACGGCCGGCGGUGGAGGACGCCUGAGGACGGCCGGCCCGAGCACGCUCGACCUGAGGAAGAGCCCGAGCCCCGCCUGCCAGCCAUCGCCGCAGCCGCGGGACCAGUGCCGUGCACCGGACGUAGUUGAAUGACAGCAGUAUUCCUACAAUACUCCAAAUCAAAAAUGGCGAAAUCUCGGUCUGCAAAAAACUUCCAAAGCUAUUUGGAGUUGGAUGACAACAUAGGCAAUGGGUCGGCGUCGGCGGAGCAGGUGUCGCUCGAGCCGCAGCUGCUGCUGGGCGAGACGAUGGUGGCGGCGGCCGACAGCGUGCUGCUCUACCUGCCCAUGUCGGAGCAGCGUCAGGGCCUCUCCGGCCGGCUGCACGUCACCAACUUCAAGCUGUCGUUCGUCACACUGCACAGCCUCGGCGGAGGGCCGACGGAGGAGCCGCGACGAAACAAGCUGCUCGGCAAGCACGACGUCUGCCUGAUGAACGUCGACUGCAUCUACCAGCUGUCGUCGAACGGCAAGAGGAAGCUGCUGGCGCCGCGCUCCAACGUGGCCGGCCGGAUCAAGGCGCUGCAGAUCCGCUGCAAGGAUUUCCGGGUGGUGACCUUCAGCUUCAAGUGCUCGCGGCUAGACGAGGACCGAGCGAUCACCAACGCCCUGCUGCUCUACUGCUACCCGCUCCAGCCGCACCUCAUCUUCGCCUUUGACUAUAAGGCCGAGGCGCCGUUCGAGGACGUGGACGCGGACGUGGAGUCGGAGUGCGGCUCGGCAGCCGGCUGGGCGGCCGCCCUGAACCGAACCGGCACCGUCGGCUGGCGCAUCUCGCACGCCAACGACGGCUUCCAGAUGUGCUCCAGUCUGCCGGAGGUGCUGGUGGUCCCCAACGGCGUGCUGGACACCGAGCUGAGGGCGGCCAGCGGCCACUAUGUGGACUCGCGGCCGCCGGUGUGGUGCUGGGGCCACCCGGACGGCUCGGCGAUCGCUCGGGCGGCCUACACACAGCCGGCCGGCCGGCACAGCCAGGAGGAGCAGAUGCUUCUGGACACGAUCCGGUCGUCCCACCCGUUCUCCAAGGAGCCGGUGAAACAGGACGUGGGCGUCACCUGCCCGUCCGUGGAGGAGGUGCAGGAGAGCUACGUCAAACUGCGCGAGAUCUGCUCGCCAGAGAGCGUGCGGUCGUUUGUGGAGACGGACGGCCGGUUUCUGGGCCUGCUGGGCGCGAGCCGGUGGCCGUCGGCCGUGUCGCGCUGCCUGUCGGCCGCCGCCGACUGCGUGCGCACGCUCGCCGAGCACCGCACGGUGGUCAUCCUCACUGAGCCGAGCGGGCGCGACCUGACGGCCGUCGUGUCGUGCCUGGCCCAGCUGAUGGUCGACCCGCACUGCCGCUCUCUGGCCGGCUUCCAGCGGCUGCUGCACCGCGAAUGGGUCGCCCUCGGCCACCCCUUUCAGGAGCGGCUCGGCCUGGUGUACCGCGAGGGUGGCACCAAGAGCCCGGUGUUCCUGCUGCUGCUGGACUGCGUUCACCAGCUGCUGGAGCAGUUUCCGGCGCGGUUCGAGUUCACGGAAACGUACCUGAUCAGCCUGUGGGACUCGCUGCACGUGUCCGUGUUCGACACCUUUCUUUUCAAUUCGGAGAAGGAGCGGCUGGAGGCUGUCUCGGCCAAGGAGCACGACUACCCGCUGUGCCGCCGGCCGGUCUGGCACUGGUCGGCCCAGUUGGAUGCGGACCAGCGGCGGCUGUUCAAAAAUCCGAUGUACCAGCCGACAUCGGUGGCGGCGCUGCGGCUCUGGACGCGCUGCUUCUGCCGCUGGGUGCCCAACCUGGACGUGGUUCGCGGCGGCCGGGCGGCUGACGAGGAGUGCGAGCGCCGGCUGCGCCGCCAGCUCGACACGCUGGAGGCGCAGCUCGAGUCGAAGCGUGCCGGCGUCGGCGUGCGGCGCUCGGCGCGCGCCUCGGCCGUCGAGCAGCCGCUGCCCAACGCCUUCUUCCCGUUCGUCGAGUGCCGCGCGCCCACGCCGCUGCUCAGCGUCACACCCGGACUAGUGAACGUGCUCGUUCGGAACAGUAUCGUGGCGUGCGACGAGGACGGCCUGGCGGCGCAGCGCGGCCGUCAGUACGGGCUGUAGCGCGGCCGGCCGGAGCCGGCCGGCUGCCGCAGGAACGGCCUGAGCCAGCGCGCUGAGACAGGGAAGCGCCGCCAGCAGACCGUGACAGGAAAGCGCCGCCAGCAGACCGUGACAGGGAAGCGCUGCCAACAGACCGCGGCAGGGAAGCGCCGCCAGCGGACCGUGACAGGGAAGCGCCGCCAGCAGACCGUGACAGGGAAGCGCUGCCAACAGACCGCGGCAGGGAAGCGCCGCCAGCGGACCGUGACAGGGAAGCGCUGCCAGCGGACCGUGACAGGGAAGCGCUGCCAACAGACCGCGGCAGGGAAGCGCCGCCAGCGGACCGUAGCAGGGGCGGUCAUGCGACGGGCCAUGACGUAAGCGUAGCCAGCUGGCGGCUCUGCGCAACGUUACCGGGUGCUACAGCAGUGCCGGUGUUGGGGCGUGCACCAGACAAUGUGGUCCUGUUUCGUUCGUUAUUGACCUUUUUACGACUUUUGGUCGUUAAUUCUCAAGCGUUUUAUGCAAGUAUUUUCCGCUCAGUGGUGUGUUAUCAUAUCCAGCGUUUACGCAAGACAGUUUAUGUCUUAUCCUAAUUGUUGGAUGAAUCACCAUUAGACAUGACUCUCGUCUGGUUGUCUGGCAGGGUGUUUCUCCGCCCUCUUGGGCUCUAGGUUUGCUUUCUCCGCUCUCUGGGGAUCCCACACGGCGGGUCCCGGCUGGGCAGCACGUGCCGUCUGUCGGCAGAGUUCCGCGGUGCUGCAGGUGCGCCGUCGCUUCAGCCCGAAUGCGGUCGCGGUGACCGGUGUCCGCGCGGCAUGAGAUGCGUGUUUUACUAGUCUGUCGGCGUGCAUAAUGGUGCGGAGGCACGCCUCGGGUUUUUAGCCGACUUUUGCUACCGCUGACGAACUGUGGCAGUGUUCGCCUGCGACGCUUUGUGAUAUUGUUAUCAAGGCUGGUGGUGUCAGAGCCUGACGCCUCGUUGGCUGGCUGUUGACACUGUACAUGGUCAUGUACUCGAACCGCUGCGUAUUUAUAUUACUUUGAUCUGGAUAAGCAAAUAGAUGUUCUG